CAUCCAGACAAGCCUCUCUCUUCGAGAACGCAAAGCUUCGUAAGCACUCGUCCCCGUGAAGCCUCAGCAUCCCUCACCAUCUACGGCUCAAGAGCGUGAACGAAGCGGCGGAAGGAAGAGACGCAGGAUCGACCGACGAGAGAUGGCGGAGCACUUCAAUGAGGAGGAGAUCGCCGCGUUCACGGAGGUUUUCGCCCUCUUCGACAAGAACAGCGACGGUACGUGUACGGCCGCGCCGUUUCCUAAACCCUUGCGCGUAGGAUUCAUUACUAGCGAAGAACUGGGAACAGUGAUGAAGUCCUUGGGUCAAAACCUCACUGGAUCUGAACUGCAGGAUAUGAUCACGGAGGUUGAUGCUGAUGGAAACGGAACUAUUGAGUUUCCUGAAUUCUUGAAUUUGAUGGCAUACAAUCUGAAAGACACUGAUUCUGAGGAAGAAGUGAAAGAAGCAUUCAAAAUGUUUGACAAAGACCGGGAUGGUUAUAUUUCUGCAGCUGAGCUCCGUGACAUGAUGGCAAACCUUGGGGAGCAACUGACUGACGAGGAGGUCAAAGACAUGAUACGGGAGGCUGACACAGACGGUGAUGGUCUUGUGAGCUAUGAUGAGUUCAAACAAAGGAUGCUGCGCAAAUGAGUAGAAGAAGCGCUAUGACAUAGAAUCUGUUGUUGUUGUUGUUGUCUGACUAAUUGCUUAGACAGUACAUGAUGGUUGAUCUCUUGAUACUAGUUACAGUACCCGUCGCCGGUACGUAAUUCCCCUUUGUAAACCACCUAGGCUUCUUAUAUGCAAAGUUUCUAGGAAGAUAGGGUACAUGGGUAGCAGUAGCACCUCCUGCCAACUGGAUUGUUAAUUCUGAGGUUUGGAAAGUUUUUCCAAAAUUAGUGUUACAUUCAUGGAGUACUUUUGUUGUAUGUCUGAUGCAGAGCUGUAUCAUGUGGAUUUGAUCGCUUGGAUCAACACUGCAGCUGCUGUAGAGCCUUGGCGUUACCAUUCUAGAUUGGCUCUAAACCAUUCAAGACAAAUUGCCAACAGUUUAUUGCUUGGAAAUCUCGACUAGUGUGUAGAUGCUCGUCUAAAAAAGAUAAUUGGGAGCAGAGUGAUCGGAUGGAUAAGAGCAUGCAGAAACAAGGGGUUUACCUCAUCUGCUGCAAUAUAGCCAUUCUAGCCAUUGUCAAACAGUUGGAAUGCUUCUUUCAAUUCUUCCUUUGAAUUAGUGUCCUUCGAGAAAAUAAAUCAGGUGAGCUAGCACACGAUGUGCAGUGCAGAUGUGCUUGUGCUGCUAGUCCCAUUCUAAAGCUUUGCAUCCCUGCUGCCAUCGUGGGCUCAGGUAGUCAGGUUUGCGACUGCACCCAGUGAUGAACUGAAGGUGCAUCAUCACCGGCAGAAAUGCACAUGCACUAUAGUUGCGAAUUGCGAUACGUUACCGUGCCAAGGAAAGACGAGGACCUGAUCGAACCAGUUAGCUCCAUGGCACUACACAGGCACGAAGCUGCUCUGGAUCGGGGCUCAGGACUUGGAUGCUUUUGACCUGGUAACCUGCGGAAAAUCUAUAUCACCCAAACCAAUUUCAUAAAUAAAUCCUAUAACAUAUCCAUUGCGAAA